UAUGCUUAGUGUGGGAGACGGUUUGACAGGUGAAACGUUAGCAGCGGCAACUUGGUUUGGUUAUCAAGGCAACUUAACGUGGAGAAGCUGCGGAGGAGCGUUUGAUGUGUCAAAAAUUUCAUUUGCAUGGUUUAAUUAGCAAAAUUAGUUGAUGAGAAUGUGAACUGUGAGUGAGAUGUGCUAGAAUGAAAGCUGCUACUCGUUUUUAUAUUUUGAGAAACCGAUUCUCUUGAUAGUAUAGUUCUAACUUCGGAUUUUCGGUAUGUAUUACUUUAAGACGGGCUUUGUGAACUGUAACAGGACAGUAAGGAAGAUCAGAAGACACUCUGAACAGUAGUAUUGCUCUGUAUUUCUACAGAGGAAACCCAGCAAGUCUGAAAUAACUGCUGCAGUUAGUGCCUCUGCAGAUUUAUUGACAAAUUUAUGUGCACUUUUUUAAACUACGAAUCUCUCGUACCUGUGGCACAUUAUCCGGAAUUAGGGCUUGUAACCUCCUGCUUGUUUUAUAUUUUUUAUAUUCGUGUCGGGUGAAAAAGAAUGCGUUGCUUGUAAUAAAAGAUUGUGCCUGUUAGUACAAAAUGUGUUGUUUGUUUUGAAAAUUAGUGCAGCUUGUGUAGAGACGAUGGCAUUUAUGAUGAAGAAAAAGAAAUACUACAAGUUUCAAGUAGAAAUUUGCCUCGAAGAACUGACAGCGGUACCCUUCGUCAGUGCUGUUUUGUUUGCUAAAGUGCGGCUCCUGGAUGGUGGCAGCUUUACGGAAACCUCCAGUCGGGAAGAAGUGCACGAGCACACGGUGCGAUGGGGCGCGAGCUUCGAGUUCGUGUGCAAGAUGAGCGCCAAUGCGUCCACCGGCGUGCUCGACCCCUGCAUACUGAGGGUCUCCGUAAGAAAGGAAGUGAAAGGCGGAAGAUCAUUCCAGAAGCUUGGUUUUUGUGACCUGAAUCUUGCCGAGUUCGCCGGAUCCGGGGAGACGACUCGAAGGUACCUGCUAGAAGGAUACGAUACCCGGCAUAGGCAAGAUAAUUCUAUGCUGAGAGUAUCCGUUAAAAUGAAUAUGCUGUCGGGAGACAUUUUAUUUAAAGUUCCGUCGCCAUCUCUAAAACAUAAACCAGUAGUUGUACAAGAGGAAGGCUCUGAGAGGAGAGACGACUACUCCAGCGGCUCAGUGGCGGGAUCUGUGGCAAGCGGCAGCUCGGGAUUUGGCAGCUUGCCAAAGAAGAGGCCGGCCUUGUUCUCAUCAGAACUGAUAUCAGGAGCGGGGCAGGGUGCUACAGAACCUCAGGAACAACCAGAGGGUACAGUAUCAGUAGCACCUGAAGUUGAUGAAACUCAUGAAUUGGGUCAUUCACGAAACUCUUCCAAUACGAGCCAAAUGAGUCGUGCCUCGGGAUACAGCUCUCUAAAUAGCCAGUCCCAACACAGUAGACAAAGCAGUUCUGGUGACUCGGGACACAUACGGUCCCCAUCGUGGCCGGUUUCGGUGCUGCGUAUGCAUCUGUGCACUGAUGUUGCUUCCUUGAGCAAUCCUACAGCCACCUCUUUGAGCACUCAGUCUCCACCAAAACCUAUAGUGUCAGAGAAGGCACAGUGGCAUUUGUGGCCCAGCUCGUGGUCUCUCGGUCUGGGCAGCAUGUGGCGUCAGCGUAGCUCCUUGUCUCCAUCUAGCUGCAAAGAUAUACCUUCCACAUCUCCCUCCUCGAUGUAUUUUAAAAGGUCUGCUCCUGGUGCAUUCCAUUUUCCUCCUUGGGCUUCCCCGCGCUUUUCACCCAAAGCUGCCUCCUCUCCUGGCAUGUUACAUCAGCACAGUCCUAGUUCCAUUAGAAGCCUGGAUUCCUCUGAAGGUGGAUAUGGACUCAUCGAAAGGGGGGUGAUGUCACAGCAUCACCGAAAGCUGUUUGAGAGCACAUCUAAGCUGCCCACUGUGGCUAUCAGCCCGGAUGAUCAGCCAGAAGAGAAUGACACCAUGUCGUUACCUCCAACAAUGACGUACAGGCGAAGUAGCACAGUAAAUCCUAGCUCUGGCUCUGGACUAAGUGAAACUGGUUCUCUUGAUCGUGCAAAGGCAGCAAUGGAACGACGGAAAAAGGCAGCUGAAGAUGUAACAGUUCCAGGUCGUGUUGAAGUGACACGAGUAAAUCCUGACAGCCUGAUCGAUGAAUUGAUUAGGUCAACAAAUCUUGACCAACCUGAUGAAUCUGCUGAGACUUCAGGUUUGCAACUCUUCAUAGCCAAAGAUGGUACAACAGCACUAGGGUCUCAUGAAGUGAAAAGCCAGAUGUCUGCAGGUGUCUUCAAACAGGUUGUUAUGAAAUCUGAUCCAACAUAACAGAGAAUGGAAAUAUUUGAAUUCAAGGAAUGUAACACCAUGGAAUUGCAGUCAAUGCGAAAGUACUUUGGAUUCUCAGGAAUUUACAUAAUCUUUUCUUCCCCUCCCCUCCCACCCCCUUUCUUUGGAGGCAAGGAUGUACUUGAAUGUUAUGUUGUCUAUGAGUUUUUCAUAGUCUUUAAAAACACAUUCUGUAUACAUAAUUUAUCUAAUUUUUCAUAAAUUGUGAACUUGUAAAUUGCAUAUACAUUAUACAAUAAAAUGACUCAUUU